CUCCCAUCGAAUAUUACCACCGCCCUGUCCACCUUCGAUCCCCGGCUUCGAGCCCGCUGCGCGGCGUGGUGGCGAGCCUUAGCACGUAUAGCGGGGUCGAGCGCGCCUUCCUGGAUGAGCUGGCCAAGCUUUGCGGCGCCGACAUGCAACAACGCUUUUGCCGUCGCAGCAACUCUACCGCCCUCGCGUCCACCCACCUCAUCUGUCCUGAACCUACCGGUGCCAAGUACACAGCCGCCAGAAAAUGGGGGGUGCCCGUGGUACGUGCCAGCUGGCUCCUGGCCUGCGCGGAGAGGGGGCGCGAGUUGACGAGGCCGACCAUUCUGUAGACCAACCUGCAGAUCCGUCUCCUGUUCAACAAAAAACAGACCCACCUCAAACACCAGAUCCGAAAGAAACAACUCCUCAACCGGAAGAGAAACCUGAAACCAAAUCCAACACCCCGGAACGAGAAAACCCUACGACUGAGAAGAAAGCUACAACGCCCGAACCGGUGAAAACGUCUGAACAGCGAAAAACACCAGAACCUGAAGUGUUAGAUGCGAAGGCGCAAGAAGAACAGAUUAUGCCCCCAGAAGUCAAUGCUUCUCCUAAGCAGACUAGGAAGAAGUUUAAAAUAAAUACUAAUAAAAACGAGUUCGAAGGCAUGUCUCCCGCGUCCCGUUUCAUCGCCAUGCGCCGAAUGGGAAUGUUUAGCGACCACGAAGAUAGCUCCAAGGAGAACACUCCAAAAAGGCCUGCCAAGGAGUCUGAUCCUGCGCUUCAAGACGCCGCCCAGAUUCGCACCCCGACUAUGGAAGAGGUGAUGUCCAGCCCCAAUCUGAACGCCUUGAGUCCCAACACGAGAAGGAAACUGCAGGCGAUUAAACGGGGAGAGAUGCCCGAUUCCCCUAUCAGGACGCCUAAAAACCCAUUCGAAAUCCCGACUCCUGACAGCGGUUUCGGCGCCAUACUCCGUCCCGGCGUCAACAGAAUGUCCACAGACUCACGCAAGCGUCUCUGGCAGUUCGUCCACAGUUUACCGACGAAUGAAACCGUCGGUGCAACGGAGUCGCAGCCGUCUAAAAUAGCGAAAUUAACUGAAGAUCACUGCGCCGGCGGAGCUAAGCCAUCAGAAAUGCCUCGCACCCCCCUGUCUUCGAAGCCCCCCGGAAGCCCGCGCGUGGUGCCCGUGGAGGUGGACGAGCAGCUGCAGCGCCUCGCCGCCGCGCUCACCGGCCGCCGCACGCCGCGCCGCGCCAGCAGGCCGCCCGCGCCGCACGAGAACCAAGCAGAUAUGGAUUACGAAUCCGGACCAGAAUCCCAACCUAACACAGUCGGUUGGGACGACACCACGCCGUCACAGAAAGACUCUUUCGAAUCAAACAAACCCCACACAAGCGUCACUGCUAUAGACAAAACAGAUACAAGUAAAAGUAAUAUAGAACUAGAAAAUGCAGAUAGUAAAAAUGAAAAUCAAAAGGAUAGUUCUAAAAUUGAUGUGGACGUAUCAAAUAGUGUGCUGAAAGUGGAUAAGGGUGUGGAAGCGAAGGUGGUGAAGCGGUUUAUGCUGUCUUCAAAUGUUGAUAAUCGCGAGGAAACAGUAGAAAUGAUCAUCCGUCUCGGUGGCUCUGUAACCGACCUCGAUGAUGACGACUCCGGCCCUCCCGCCACACACUUGCUGUGCUGCGCGCCGGCGCGUAGCCAACGUGUCCUCAACUGCAUCGCCAGCGGCUGCUGGGUGCUGCAUCCAGCGUAUGUAGCCCGCAGCGCCGCGCUAGGCACCUUCCUGCCUGAAGAAAACUUUGAAUGGGGAAAUCCCCUCGCUACGUGCCUCCCGCCAGUGACCGGUGGCGAAAGAGUCCUCGCCCUUGCGGCCCACCGCUGGCGGACAAGGCGCGCUCGAGGCCAACCCGGGCCGUUCGCAGGAGUCAUAGCUUUACUCCACGCUCCUGAGCAGAGGAGGAAGCUGCUGGCCAGACUGGUGAAGGCUGGAGAAGGAACGGUCGUGGAUGAGGAACCCCCAUACACGGACGAAACCAUUAACGUCUGCUUCGCGGAUCCGAAGCGCUACCCGAUGAAAGAGCGAGACAGAGCAUGGCUGGUCUCUCGUCGCGUCCCUGUCUGCGCGUCCAUACUGCUCAGCGCGUUUAUAACUGAAGAGAGUCGUCCAGAUCUGAACCAGCACUGUCUGCCUGAGUUUAGACCGUAAGAUAGGCAUAGUAUAAGCAAAAACGUAACUAUAUAGACAGAGCUCUCGGUUACCUCACAGUUACCGCCUGUCAAAAACGCGGCCAGUAGACCUGUCUUAUCUCAUACAUGGUUUGAGUUCACCUACACGAGCUUAGACCGUGUGCGUAGGAACGCGCCUCUUUUAUAUAUUUGAUCGCCAGUGUCCAAGGUGUGGCUACCCGAUGAAAGAGCGAGACAGCAUGGCUGGUCUCGUCGCGUCCCUGUCUGCGUAGAAAGGCAAAGACGUAAAGACAGAUAAGGACUAAGAAAAAAAUUAUCUCGGAACCAUCAAGAGUUAUACGCUCGUCUAGAUGGCGCUACACCUUUGGUUGACUCUCGACUAGAUGGCGCUAAUAUUUAUAUUUGUCAAGUUUAACACAUGAAGGAAUAUCGACCAAAUCGACAAAAUUGAGGUGCGACUGAUGUCGAUAGAUGGCAGUUACACUGUGAAUAAACAUUUUACUUUGACAGUAACUCUAUAUCCAUAGAGGAAUAAGUAAGGGAAGAGUUGGAACUCCAUACGUCAGUAAA